AUGGGCAAAAAGAAAGCAAAGGAUCCACAACAAACCCCUCAAAGCGACUCUGUUUCAUCCCCUUCCGGUAUUUUCAACACGCUCUUUGGCAACGGGCCGGAACAGACCACCGCCACCGCUUCUCUAUUUUCCGAUUUCAACCCCUUUCGUAGAAAGCCUCAACAACAUGCUUCGGUUUCUUACCCAACCAUUCCCUCUCAAAGCCCUAACAAUGGCGGCUCCGGGAGCCACGAUUCCGGCGAAGAUAAAAAGAGGAAGAGGAAGAAGAACAAGGAGAAAAGACCCAUUCUUGAUUCGGAUUCCGUAACUGAAGCUUCGGAGAAGAAGAGGAAACGCGGUUCCGAUGAAAGGGGAGGGGAAGGGAAAGAUCUUAAUUUGGGUACGCAAACAAAAAAGGGCGAGGUUGUAAUCGAAGGUGAGGAGGGAAAGAUGAAGAAGAAGAAGAGGAAAAGGGAAGAGCUUGAGAAAGAGUGGGAGGAGAAGAAGUAUGGUGUGGUGGUGGAAGGAGAGGAAGAUGAAAAGGAAAGGUUUGGGAAUAAAACUGUUGGGAGCAAGAGGAAGAUGAUAGAUAACCCAGCUGAUAUGUUGGUUUCAAAGGAAGGUUUUGAUGAUGAGGAUAAGCUUUUGAGGACUAUUUUUGUUGGGAAUUUGCCUCUCAAGUUGAAAAAGAAGACUUUGUUGAAGGAGUUUAAGCAAUUUGGUGAGGUUGAGUCUGUGAGGAUUCGUUCUGUUCCAAUACAAGAUGUAGGUUUUCUUUUUGUUGAAUGUUUGCUUUCGUUUGGUACUCUUUAA